AACUACUUCGCUCAGAAACCCAUUACACCCGAACUCUACAGGUGAGAUGGAGACUUCGGAGAAGAGAAAGGAACGGCUAAGAGCAAUGCGGCUAGAAGCUGAAGCUUCUCAUAAUGAUACGACUGCAGAUGUACCGGGAUACCUUUCUAAUCCGCUGGCUGAUGGUAAUGUGGCACAGGAGGAGCCCUGUGCUCCUUCUAGGUUUGGAUUUUAUACAGACCCUAUGGCGGGUUUCUCUGCAGAUACUAAGCGGUGUAAAACUGGUGAUCAUUUUGCAUCGAAUAGUUUCAAGCAUUCAGAUGCUGGUGGUCUUCCUGUGCCAAGGCUUCCUCCACCUCUUUCAGGAAGACCAAUGAACCCUGAAAUGCCUCCUCCACCUCAUCUGUUUCAGAGCAAUUACUCACCAGACCAGAGAAUGUACCAACAAAACUUUGCUCCUCAAAGAAGUCCAGCAGCAAUGGUGAGACCUUUUGCAAUGCAUCAUGGAAAUCUACCUGAACUCUGGACUGGAGCUGAAUGUCCGGCAAGUUAUAAUUUCUCUUCUGAUCCCUCAAUAGAAAGCAGGUCUACUGGACCGAGAUUUAGACCACCUGGUAGCCCCGGAUAUAGACCACCAGGAAGCCCGGGAUUUGGGCCAUCAGGAAGCCCAGGAUUUGGGCCAUCAGGAAGCCCCGGGUUUGGGCUACCAGGAAGCCCGGGAUUCGGGCCACCAGGAGUCCCAGGAUACGGGCCACCAAGAAACCCGGGAUUCAGGCCGCUGGGAAAUCCAGGAUUUGGACCACCAGGAAGCGCGGGAUUUGGACCAUCAGGAAGCCCCGGAUUUAGGCCACCAGGAAGCCCGGGAUAUAGGCCACCUGGAAGCCCCGGAUAUAGGUCACCUGGAAGCCCUGGAUUUAAUUCCAAUACUCGGCAAGGUAGGGGGAACUGGGCCGGUCAUAGUCCAAGCCCUCAUUCAGUACAUGGAGGUAGUCAUAAUCCUAGUUCAAGUUCAGGUAGAGGUAGGGGACAUCCUGGUUCAGAAGGGAGAGGCGGACACGGGCGGGGUUCGCAUGAUCGUCCAUUUCACCCAGAACAAUUUUACAAUGCUUCCAUGGUUGAAGAUCCAUGGAAAGGUGUGUCACCUGUUACAUGGCAAGCUUUGACACCUGUUUUCUGGAAGAAGGUAGAUACUCCCUUCAAUGGUAACAAAAAUAAAGCAAGCAUUCCAGAAAGUUCAAACAGGUCCACUCCACAGCCAAACUUGGCAGAGUACUUGGCUGCCUCACUGAAUGAAACGAUUAAUGAGGAACCAAAUGAAACUGUUAAUGAGGAACCGACUUCAUAG